GAGUGUGCGGUGAAUGGUUUUUCCUGCUCCGAAUCCCGAGAGCCGUGGACAGUUUGAAGGAGGAGGCAUGGCUCGGCAGCCUUACCGUUUUCCUCAGGCAAGGAGCCCAGAGAGAGGAUCAGGUGUUUUCAGGUUAACUGUCAGAAAUGCAAUGGCGCAUCUUGAUUCUGAGGUGAAAGAAGAAUGUCUGAGGGAAGACCUGAAGUUUUACUUCAUGAACCCUUGUGAAAAAUACCGAGCCAGACACCAGAUUCCAUGGAAACUGGGUUUGCAGAUUUUGAAGAUAGUCAUGGUCACUGCACAGCUUGUUCGUUUUGGUUUAAGUAACCAGCUGGUGGUUGCUUUCAAAGAAGAUAACACAGUUGCUUUUAAGCACUUGUUUUUAAAAGGAUAUUCUGGUAUAGAUGAAGAUGACUACAGCUGCAGUGUAUAUACUCAAGAGGACGCCUAUGAGAGCAUCUUUUUUGCUAUUAAUCAGUAUCAUCGUCUAAAGGACAUUACCCUGGGGACCCUUGGUUAUGGAGAAAAUGAAGACAAUAGAGUUGGCUUAAAAGUCUGUAAGCAGCAUUACAAGAAAGGGACCACGUUCCCUUCUAACGAGACACUGAAUAUUGACAGCGACAUUGAGAUAGAUUGUGUUCACUUAGACCUUGAGGCUGUCUCCAGGAACCCUCAGGACUGGAAGAACUCAUCAUUCUUCAGAUUGGAAUUUUAUCGGCUCUUAAAAGUUGAAAUCUCCUUUCAACUCAAAGGCAUUGACCUACAAACGAUUCAUUACCGUGAGUUACCAGACUGUUACGUCUUUCAGAAUACGAUUACCUUUGACAAUAAAGCUCACAGUGGCAAAAUCAAAAUCUAUUUUGACAGUGAUGCCAACAUCGAAGAAUGUAAAGACUUAAACAUAUUUGGAUCUACUCAGAAAAAUACAGAGUAUGUCCUGGCGUUUGAUGCAUUUGUCAUUGUGAUUUGCUUGGCAUCUCUUAUCCUGUGCACCAGAUCCAUUGUUCUUGCUCUGAGAUUACGAAAGAGAUUUCUAAAUUUCUUCCUGGAGAAGUACAAACGGCGGGUGUGCGAUGCUGACCGGUGGGAGUUCAUCAACGGCUGGUACGUCCUGGUGAUUAUCAGCGACCUAAUGACAAUCAUUGGAUCCAUAUUAAAAAUGGAAAUCAAAGCAAAGAAUCUCACAAAUUAUGACCUGUGCAGCAUUCUGCUUGGGACAUCUACACUGUUUGUUUGGGUUGGAGUCAUCAGAUACCUGGGUUAUUUCCAAGCAUACAACGUGCUCAUUCUAACGAUGCAAGCCUCACUGCCAAAAGUUCUUCGGUUUUGUGCUUGUGCUGGUAUGAUUUAUCUGGGUUACACAUUCUGUGGCUGGAUUGUCUUAGGACCAUAUCACGACAAGUUUCAAAAUCUGAACACAGUUGCUGAGUGUCUGUUUUCUCUGGUCAAUGGUGAUGACAUGUUUGCAACCUUUGCUCAAAUCCAGCAGAAGAGCGUCUUGGUGUGGCUGUUCAGUCGCCUGUAUUUAUAUUCCUUUAUCAGCCUUUUUAUAUACAUGAUUCUCAGCCUUUUUAUUGCACUUAUUACAGAUUCUUAUGACACCAUUAAGAAAUUCCAACAGAAUGGAUUUCCUGAAACGGAUCUGCAGGAAUUCCUGAAGGAGUGUAGCAGCAAGGAGCAGUAUCAGAACGAGUCCUCAAGCUUCCUGUCCUGCAUCUGCUGUCUGAGGAGGAAAGGAAGCACUGAUCACUUGAUGCUUAUUAACUAAAGACCUUCUGCUAAAGACAAUUACGAUUCAGGCCUCCUUAUCCAGUGGCAAUAUAGAGGGAUGCCAAACAGCUUGGACCGGCAGUUCCAAAAGGACUGUCUUAUUUAAUUGUGGUGUGGAAGAGAGGACCGACUGUCAGCUGGCUGACCACGACUGAAGUUCCAAAUUUAACUUUUUAUAAACUUAGAUGAAGAAGAAUAGACCAUGGGCUACUACUGGGCAUUAGUGCAAUUGCGCAGUGAUAAUGAAAUUUGCUAUUAGGCUGUUAAUUUAUGACAUGAUAAUGUUGGGGCAGAAAAAAAUCCCAUUUCAGAGUGUGCAAGACAAUGGUGUUUAAAGCCAUGUAUUUAAAGAUGUGUGUUUAUUGUCAAAUAAGGAUUUAUUUUUAAAUGUGAUUCUCGGGUCCAGAGACAUUUGUUGAUUCCUGGUCUGCACAGAAAUGAAGUUGGUUGCAAUACCAACUUGUAGACUCCAAGCUAGAGAAAUUAUUAAGCCAUUUAAAGAUCACAUUUAAAUGAACAAAAGACCUCAUGC